UUUGGCUUCUUUUUUGCUUCAACCAAAACCAAAAACCAAAGAGAGAGAAAACACAACCCACCACCUCAAAGAAGCUUGAGAAGAAGAUCCCACUUCUUCUCCAACGGAGGAGGGGCUUGGGCUUCCUAAACUGAAGAGGGUAAAAACAAGACGUGGCUUUUCCCUCGCCAUGUUCCUGCUUUUGUGAUCUGCGCUUCAACUAAAAGCUGGGAACCAUUUUUGUUCUUGUUCAGUACACAAAGCGCUUUUGUUUUCUUUCACAUUUGUUUCCCAAGUUGCGAAAAAAGAAACAAAAAGAAGAAAAAAAAAAAAAAAAGGUUUUGAUUUUUUUUGAUUUUUUUUUUUGAAUUUUUGGGUCCAUCCUAGCUAUUUUGUCAAAUCAAAUGACUUGGGUUUUGCCCCCAAAUCAAGGAAGGAGAUGGUUGCUCUUCUAGCCCACUCAUCAUCAUCAUCAUCAUCAUCCACUGCAAAUUCAAAUUCCUGGGUUUUGUCCCACACCAAGAGGAGAGAUCAUGUUACAAAUUCCCAAAUAAGAGACUCACUGCCCUAUUCAUCAGCCCAACCCCCACCACCAACACCCCAACAAUCUCCCAGCAAUAGAAUAAGCCCUGCAAUCCUCUUCAUCAUAGUGAUCCUCGCCGUCGUCUUCUUCGUCUCCGGCCUCCUCCACCUCCUUGUGAGGUUCUUCGCGAAGAAAACCCCACCACCCGGUAGCACUUCACCCCAUUCCGGUAGUAGGCAGCAGCCGGCAGAGGCCUCGGGCUCCGACGCCCUCCAGCGGCAGCUCCAGCAGCUCUUCCACCUCCACGAUUCGGGCCUUGAUCAAGCGUUCAUUGAUUCGCUGCCGGUCUUCCUUUACAAGGAGAUCGUCGGCCCGAAGGAGCCGUUCGACUGCGCGGUCUGUCUGUGCGAAUUCGCCCUCGAGGACAAGCUCCGGCUUUUGCCCGUCUGCGGCCAUGCUUUCCACCUCAGCUGCAUUGACACAUGGCUGCUCUCCAAUUCCACGUGCCCGCUUUGUCGGCAGCCGCUGUUUGUCCAAGGCCUUGCGAUCGAGAACCCCAUCUUUGAAUUCGACGAUUCGAUCGAGGAAGAUAGUUUUGCCGAGGACCGGGAAGCGGAGUCGGGGAAUGAGAAGAGAGUUUUUCCUGUUAGGCUCGGCAAAUUCAGGAGCUUGAGCAGAAGAGACGGAGGUGUCGAAAAUGAUAACGGCGGUGCCGUUAUAAGUGCGGGAGAAGAGGUAGGGGAGGCCAGUAGUAGUAAUUUGGACGCGAGGAGGUGCUAUUCCAUGGGCACGUAUCGGUAUGUGCUCGGUGAUGUAAAUCUUCGAGUUUCUCUGAGAAGUUCUCAUAAAAGAAACGGAGUCCGUAGGAAUUUCGCUGAUAAUGAGGUUCUGGAAGGAAAGAGGAUAUGCGCGGGGAGCAAAGGCGAGAGCUUUUCUGUGUCGAAGAUCUGGCAAUGGCCGAAUAAGAAGGGGAAGUUCCCUAUCAGCUAUUCAGAUGCAGGCUCCGUCGAUGGGAGUAUGCCAUGGAUGGAAAGAAGUGUUCAGGAUACAUAAAAACAAAUGUGUGAUGUGAUCAAUCCAUCUUUUUCUUGAUGAUUAUAUUAAUAUAUCAUUCAUGUGUUGAUUUUAUAAUGUUCUCCUUUUGUUACUUAA